UAUUUUGGCAUCACAGAGCUAAUUCUUCGAGUGUGGAAAAAAUAGGAAAUUAUUUGUUUAAACCUGGGAUAUUAGGAUAAUUCAAUUAAAAUACAAAUGAAUGAAUAAUUGAGGGAAAUAUUUAUGCCUUUGCUGGCUUUGAAAUGAUGCAACAGCAAUAGGCGUGUAAGAGAGACAGUCAUGGAAAAAUUUCCUUUGAAGUCUACAACACCGAAAAUGAGCACAACAUAUCAGUCUGUCUACAAAAAGGGGUCGGGCGGCAGGAAUGGGGCCGGGCUGGGCGCGAGCGGCGCCGACGAGCUGGUAGAGAUCGCGGCGACGCGGCCGUCCCCCGGCGACAGCGCGCCCACCAGCCACGGCACGUUUCAACUGUACGAGCACGGCGGCCGCACCAACCACCCGGACAAUACGCCCAACUCUUGCAUUGCUCAAUAUUUUGGCGAAUCCACCGGGGACGCAGUUAUAUUUUCUGGAAUGCAGGUAGGCGAUGAUGACAUCCCUGGCAUCGGUCAGUAUGACGACUUCCACACCAUUGACUGGCAACGCGACAUCGCACGGGACCGCAUGCGCCACAGAUACAUAGUCAAGAAAAGACAAGACUCAAUAUGGGAUUUAAUAAAGGGUGCACACGACGCGUGGUCGGGCUGGGUGUGCGUGCUGCUGGUGGGCGUGUGCACGGGUGUGGUGGCCGGCGUCAUCGACAUCGGCGCCUCCUGGAUGACGGACCUCAAGUUCGGCAUCUGCCCGCAGGCCUUCUGGUUCAACCAGGAACAAUGCUGCUGGUCGGACAAUGAAACAACGUUUGAUCAUGGGAAUUGUUCACAGUGGGUGACAUGGCCCGAGUUACUAGGAGGCUCUCGCGAAGGCCCGGGCGCCUACAUCAUCAGUUACCUGUUCUACAUAGUGUGGUGCCUGAUAUUCGCGGCGCUCUCAGCUUCUCUUGUCCGCAUGUUCGCGCCUUACGCCUGUGGUUCUGGUAUUCCUGAAAUUAAGACGAUCCUCAGUGGUUUCAUCAUCAGAGGUUACCUCGGCAAGUGGACGCUCAUCAUUAAGGUCGUGGGCCUAAUAUUGUCCGUGUCUUCCGGACUGAGUCUCGGCAAGGAAGGGCCCAUGGUACACAUCGCGAGUUGCUUGGGUAACAUAUUGUCAUAUUUAUUCCCUAAAUAUGGCCGUAACGAGGCUAAGAAACGUGAGAUUCUAUCCGCCGCCGCUGCAGCCGGCGUGUCUGUCGCCUUUGGAGCGCCCAUUGGGGGAGUGCUCUUCAGUUUAGAAGAGGUGUCAUAUUAUUUCCCCCUGAAAACACUGUGGCGCUCGUUCUUCUGCGCGCUGAUAGCAGCUUUCAUCUUGCGCUCCAUCAAUCCCUUCGGCAACGAACAUUCGGUCCUCUUCUUCGUGGAGUACAAUAAGCCCUGGAUAUUCUUCGAGCUCAUACCAUUCGUUGGACUGGGGAUUAUAGGAGGGUGCAUCGCGACGAUAUUCAUAAAGGCGAACCUGUACUGGUGCCGCUACCGCAAGUACUCGAAGCUGGGCCAGUACCCGGUGACGGAGGUGCUGGUGGUGACGCUGGUGACGGCCGUCAUCGCGUACCCCAACCGCUACACGCGCAUGAACACCAGCCAGCUCAUCUACCUGCUCUUCAACCAGUGCGGCAUCUCCAACUCCGACCCCCUGUGCGACUACAACCGCAACUUCACGGAUGUGAACAAAGCCAUCGAGAAGGCGGCGGCGGGGCCGGGCGUGUACCAGGCCAUCUGGCUGCUGUUCCUGGCGCUGGUGGUGAAGCUGGUCAUGACGGUGUUCACCUUCGGCAUCAAGGUGCCCUGCGGCCUCUUCAUCCCCAGCCUCGCGCUCGGCGCCAUCGCCGGACGUAUCGUCGGAAUCGGUGUGGAGUACCUGGCGUACAAGUACUCGAAGAUCUGGCUUUUCUCGGGCGAGUGCUCGACGGGCGACGACUGCAUAACGCCCGGCCUGUACGCCAUGGUGGGCGCGGCCGCCGUGCUCGGCGGGGUCACCAGGAUGACAGUGUCGCUGGUGGUGAUAAUGUUCGAGCUGACGGGCGGCGUGCGGUACAUCGUGCCGCUGAUGGCGGCCGCGAUGGCGUCCAAGUGGGUGGGCGACGCGCUCGGCAAGCAGGGCAUCUACGACGCGCACAUCGCGCUCAACGGCUACCCUUUCCUCGACAGCAAGGACGAGUUCCAGCACACCUCGCUCGCCGCCGACGUCAUGCAGCCCAAGCGCAACGAGUCGCUGUCGGUGAUCACGCAGGACUCGAUGACGGUGGACGACGUGGAGGCGCUGCUGAAGGAGACGGAGCACAACGGCUACCCCGUCGUCGUCUCCAAGGAGUCGCAGUACCUCGUGGGCUUCGUGCUGCGCAGGGAUCUCAACCUCGCUAUGGCCAACGCCCGGCGCAUGAUGGAGGGCAUCACGGGCCAGUCGCUGGUGAUGUUCGCGGGCAACGGGCCGGCGGGCGCGCCGGGCGGCGGGCACGCGCACGCGCCGCCGCCGCUCAGCCUGCACCGCAUCCUCGACAUGGCGCCCAUCACCGUCACCGACCAGACGCCCAUGGAGACCGUCGUCGACAUGUUCCGCAAGCUCGGCCUGCGCCAGACGCUCGUCACGCAUAACGGGCGGUUGCUAGGCGUAAUCACGAAGAAGGACGUCCUACGCCACGUGAAACAGAUGGACAACGAAGAUCCUAAUUCUGUUUUAUUCAAUUAAUUCAACUUAGUAUAAACCGACACGCCAACAACGUAUGAUCUGCGAGCAUAAGCCAUAUUUAGAAAAGUAGGUUAAUGUUGAUGAAAAUAAGGAAUAAUGGGUUCACAUAGCAGCAAGGUGUAAGGUAAUUUAAUCGACACUAUCUGAUAUUAUAAAACAUAUACAUAUGUCAAACAAAACAUUAGCUUUGGCCAAUGGUGGCAUUAUUUUAGGCAAUGGGAGUCCACAAGAAUUCAAUUUUUUGCCACUUUAGCGUAGGUAACUAGUUUUUUUUUUACUUUUUUAUUCUUGUUUUACCGAGCACGCGCAUAGUUACCGUGUUUGUGCAACAUUAUUGGAGUAUUUAAUUUCGGAUACCUCUCUUGGCACUCGUAGGCGUUGUUGGAUGUAUACAUGCACAUUAUUGUAUGCAACAGCGUAUGUUUUAAAUGGGCAAGCUAUAUGAAUAGAAACCUUUAUGGAGACAAAUAUAUCGAGAAAUCCAACUGGCGGUCUCCAAAAUGGUUCCCUUUAUUUACAUUUUGGUAUUUUAUUAUUAUUUUAUUAUUUUCUGUAGUUUGUAGGAGUAGUAAAUUUAAAUAUAUUUAUAUUUUAAGUCAAACAUUUUAUUUAAUAGAACAAUUUAUAUUAUGUACAUUUAGUCCAAUCAAUGUGUGUAUAUAAUUUGCUGAUCUAAUUAAUAUUUUCCAAAUGUUAUAUUUUCGUGUAAACGUCAUAUUUGUAAAUUUUGUGCGUAUAAAAAUGAGAUAUAUCUUUUUCCUGCCUCGGCAUGAAAAUGUUCCUUCCGAUAAGAAGAUAUGCGGGAUGCACAUAGUAUUGUUUUUUAUAUUUAGUUAGGGACAUUAUAAAAUCUUUAUAUUUUAACGUAAAAUUAUGUUGUAUAAUUGUUUUUAAGUUGCCUACUGAAUUUUUUAAAUAAAUUAAGGAGUUUUAAAUAUAUUUUUUAUCUUUUCGUCGGGACUUUUCCUUUGUAUGAUUUCAUACUGAGUUCUCAAAAUCGUUCAUAAAAUGAUUGUAUAUACUGAGUAAUUGUUAAUAUUUGAAAUAUACAGAGUAAUAUUUAAAAUAUAAUCAUGAUGAAACUUGCUUUAACACAUUUUGUUGUACAAUCACACAUAUUUAAUGUUACGUAGAGAUAUAUUGAUUGUAGUGUUAUUGAAAACUAGUUGGACAUAACAUAUGACGCAUUAUGUAUAAUAUUGUCUAUUAUGUGCAGUAUUUCUAACUUAUGCUUGGUGUAGCUUCAGAAAAUGUUAUCGUGGUAAUUUACAUAAUACUAGUAUUUGUAUUUACCUUAAAUACUAAAUAGUAUAGGUUUGGUAUCACCACUGAAAUCAUGUUUAAUAAAUAAGCCACCCAGAACGAUCGGCCUCACUAAAUACUGGUGCGCAAUCAAGCAUCUCGUAUAAAAGUACGCAUAAUGUGUGUAAAUAGGUACAUUAUAUCACCGACGUCUAACAUACCAUAACUGAACUCGUAGGUAUAAGUAAGUUAUUGUGUAAACAUUACGUAAUUUAAUAGCAAAAUCCAAAAACAUUUUAAUUUGUACGUAACCAGGUAUGUAUGUAUUUAGACUAAAGUAGAAAUGUGGUCUGUAUUGUCCCUUUAAAAUAAAGGGCGAAAAAUAGUCAUACAUCAAUGAUUAGUAGAAAACAGGACAGGUAUAUUGUUGAUAUUUUUUUUUGAGGUAGGUUAGCAAGAAUCGGUGAAAUUACUACCCCGUAGUUAACACCAUUCUGAUAUAUUUUUGUUUAAAUGGUGUUUGGUGGAGGUAAUGAUUUGGAGGUUAAAGUUUCUCUUUUGCGGGUGAUAUUUUAAGUCCUUUUUUCUUCCAAAUCUAGUCUCUUGCAAUUAUAAAAUGAACAUCCCUGUACUAAACACCGUUUAUGUUGUGAUUAUUUUUACUUCACUACAAGUUUUAAGCCAUCCUACCUGUCAAGUUCUAUCAUCAAAGUUCAAUUGAUUUUGUACUUGUUGUGAGGUUAUGUAACAAAACUGUCUAGAUAAGUAUAUAGUUUCAUGGAAGUUAGCAAAAAAAAAAUCACUUCACCAUACUAGUUUUUACGAAAAAACUUAGAGGAAUGAUCCUUAACAAGAAACCACAAUUUCUACAAGACAAAAUUACCGUUUCUUAUAGUUUUAUAGAGAAUUGACAAAGGUCUGUCUAGUCCUUGGAACUGCUGCUAUAACGUGUAUUGUCAUGAACUAGUAUAUCCUACUUAUAAAAACUUGCUAAUUCAACAAUAAUCCAGUGUUUUUCAUAUAUGUACACAAUAUUUAAUGUGCUAACUCACGUGUUAUUCAUAAGUGUUUGAGUGUUAUUCUUAUUAUAUUACGAAUGAAUUAUCAAUCAAUGUAUUUUUAUAUAAAAAUGGACUGAGAUUUUAAAAUUAAAGUAUGUUAUUUGUAAAUAAACAUUUCUAACUUGUACAUUAUUUAUGUGAUGCAUUCACGUGCAAAGCCAUUUUUUAUAUUGGAGUUUACAUCAUUGUUGGGAAAUAUGUUAAAAUCAUGGUGAUUGUAAGUCUACUUUCUACGAAUCUAAUGCAUGAGUAAACAAAAACUGUUAACUAAUAUCUUAAGAGCAUGGAUAUAGAGGUACAUACACAUAAAGCGGAUAGAAGUACUGUUCAGCUAUUUUUUGUCAAUUUAUGUUGAACUAUUUUACCAAACUAGAUACAUAUGUAUGUGAUGACAGAAAUAAGCGGUCUGGCAGAGAACAUAAAAUCUUCAAAACUGCGUUUCGCAAAGUUACUCUGAUAAUAUGUACAGUCAACCAAUUAGAAUCCUAGGUCACUCUAGGUUCUACAGAGAACCCAGUCGUAUUGACACCGUGCUUUAUUUGCUAUAGAAGUCACUGGGCGCUUUUACUGUGAAAGGGUUCUUCAGUGGCCUAGGAUUCAGAUUAGUUGACUUUACCUACCUAUAUUAAAUGAAAAUUAAUGUCACGGCGACAGUCGCUACUUAUCAACAAACGAUGCAGUUUUUGUUCACUGUCAGCACAGUAUAAUAAAGAGUACUAUGUCAGUGUCACUUUGUGAUCGUAGGUAUUAGUCCGCUGUAAACGUUCGUGCUUUUGAGAUGAUGAGGAUUAACGCAGAAGUGUAGUCUUUAUGUGGCAUGUCAAUUUGCAGUGACCAAGUAAAUCUCACUAAAUAUAUGUUUUGUUUCUGUCUAAAAUGUAAUGUAGUAUUUCAGUUGAAUAAAUAAUAAUAUAUUUAGAAAUGAGCAAAGAUCAA